AUGAGUGCUGGUGAAUGGUGUUUGAUUGAGAGUGAUCCUGGAGUUUUCACUGAACUUCUCAAAGGUUUUGGAGUGCGUGGUGUACAGGUUGAAGAGUUGUACUCUUUGGACGAACAACAGUUUGAAGUUCUCAGACCUGUUUUGGGACUUAUCUUUUUAUUUAAAUGGAGGAAAGAAGAUGAGGCUGUUGGAACUCCAGUUUCUGAUGAGAACGUUUUCUUUGCCCAACAAGUUAUCACCAAUGCAUGUGCAACACAGGCACUGGUCAACAUGCUUCUGAACGUUGCUGAUCCUAAAGUAGACUUGGGGAAAAUUUUGGAAGAGUAUAAGGAGUUUACCAAAGAUUUCGACCCUGUGAACAGAGGCCUGACAAUGUCAAACUCCGAAAUGAUCAGAGAUGUUCACAACAGUUUCACACGCCCAACAUUGUAUGAGCUUGAUCAGAAGCGAUCUAAGGGCGAAGAUAAUUACCAUUUUGUAUCAUAUGUCCCCAUUAAAGGAAAAGUUUAUGAACUUGAUGGUUUACGUGAAACCCCUCUCGAAGUAGCUACAGUCAAGGAAGGAGGAGAUUGGCUCGAGGCUGUUCGACCAAUCCUUCUUUCCAGAAUGGAAAAGCAUAGUGAAGGAGAAAUUACCUUUAAUCUAAUGGCUGUUGUGUCGGACAGGAAGGAAGAGUAUAUUCGCCGAAUCACAGAAUUGAGCGAGAAAGAAAUGAUGACCGAUGAAGAUGCUCAGAUUAUAAACGAUCUUCAGAUUCGCAUUGAUAAUGAAGAUGAAAAGAUGAAGAGGUAUAAGACAGAAAAUGCUCGCCGACGCCACGACUAUUUACCCUUUAUUGUUGAAUUGAUGAAAGCCAUGGCAAAAGAGGGCAAGCUUGUACCAUUUAUGGAAGAGGCAUAUUUUUUUUCGAACGCUUCCUAUCUAUUGUAUUGA